AUGUAUUUGAAUUUAUUGAACGCAAAGUUUUUAAGCAUCACUUCCACUGCCAAUCUUGUGAUCAAGAGGUGCACCUCAUCCACCAUCUACUCCCUGUCCACGAACAUCAAACCCACGGGAAGUGCCAUCGCUGUCAUCCGGGUGUCGGGUGAACACACUUUCCGAUGCCUUCGGCAUUUGAUCCCAUGCCAGAAGACAAUUGAUAAAUGCGUGGCUAACCCGCGGAAGGCUUUCUUCAGCCGAUUGUAUGACAUGAAGACCAAAGAAAUGCUCGACUCAUCGCUCGUCAUCUGCUUUAAGGGGCCGUUGAGUUAUACGGGCGAAGACAUGUGCGAACUUCAUGUCCACGGAUCCAAUGCUGUGAUAAGUGGAGUGCUGUCUGUGUUGAGUGGUGUCCACGGCUUCAGACCAUCAGUUCAGGGAGAGUUCACCAAAAGAGCGCUCAUUAACAACAAAAUGGAUUUAAUAGAAGUCGAGGCCAUCAAUGACUUAAUCACAUCUCAGACACGUUCACAGAGACGACGGGCUUUGUCUGCCAUCAGUGGAUCCGUUUCACAACUUUACGACAAUUGGAGACAACUUAUCAUUAAAUUAAUGGCAAAUAUUGAGGCGCUUAUAGAUUUUGGCGAAGAAGAGCUCAUUGAAGAAUCAGUUUUCACUGGACUUAAGAGUACAAUGAAUGGUCUGAUGACCACAAUUAGUAGUCAUUUAGAGAAAUGCAAGAAUAGAAGCGAUUUAAUCAAAGACGGGAUCAAAGUGUCGAUCAUUGGUGAGCCUAAUGUCGGGAAGAGUAGUCUUAUAAACAGGUUAUGUGAACGCGAAUUGGCUAUCGUUUCCCCAAUCAGUGGCACCACAAGAGAUGUGAUCUCGACGUGGCUUAACAUAAACGGCUAUUCAGUAUCCAUUUCAGACACGGCUGGCAUUAAAGACAUCGACAAUCAUCUCAAUGAUCCCAUCGAAAAGGAAGGCAUCGUUAGGGCUAUCAAAAGUGCUAAAAACUCAGACCUAAUACUACUUGUGAUCGACUCGACGACUCUGACGGACAGUCAUACUCUGACGGACAGUCAUACUCUGACGGACAGUCAUACUCUGACGGACAGUCACACUCUGACGGACAGUCACAUAGAAUCCAAAUUAAAAGCAAUUCAUUUGAACCAAUGGGACAAUUGGAGUAAAAAAGUUAUUUAUUUAAUCAAUAAAAUUGAUUUGUUAUCACAAGAAGAUUACAAUCGUUUGCAACAAAAUUGUAAUCAACUGUUCACUGAUUGGAGUGCUAUUAGUUGUAAGACUUCUGAUGGCUUGGAAGCGUUGAUGCAAAAGUUGUCACUAGUUGUCGAAGAGUUGUGCGGAAACUCAAUGAAUGAAAUGUUGUUCAUUACGAACAGACAUGAGGCACAUCUCACACAAGUUGUCCAACAGAUCAGUCAAUCACUUGAAACUCUUGACAAAGACAUCGCAAUAUCUGCCCAUCACUUGAGAGAAGCGGCGCAACAAUUAUCUUAUAUAACCGGAAGAAUAACUACUGAAGACGUAUUGGAUGUCAUUUUCAGAGACUUUUGUAUCGGAAAAUAA